UCCUUUGAGGGAAAAUGGAAGAAAUGCAAUUUAAUUCUAAAAUUUACAACAGCUUUCAUGAUAAUGCACUUUCUGGAAGCGCGGUGGUUUAGCGGCUUUGACUCUUGCCUUGUAAUCAGAGGGUCAGAUGUUCGAAUCCCACCACGGCGUCCUUUGGCAAGGCGUCAAUCUACAAUUUGCCACUCUCCACCCAGGUGUUAAAUGGGUACCCGGUAGGAUGCGAAAGCCUUUAUAGUAGGCUUAGCAAUUGGUCUCAGAACUCUUGUUGGAAUGCUCCCCUGGGAGUGGAGAAGGUACAUACAUGUUAUGAGGGCAUGCAAGGACCCGAUGACCGGGGUGAUAAUAAUAUUUAUGUACAGCGAUUAGAGACGUCGUUCCGAUGUGUUAAGCACUAUAUACCUGCAGAGUAUUAUUAUUACUAUUAUUAUUCAAAACAAUGUAGGUAAAAGCAGGGACAUGAUCCCUCUCACGUCCCUGGUAAAAGUAACUAGAUGAAAGGGACAUUUUUAAAGAACAUGUAGCACCUGCAACAAUCAAAACUUUCACUUGAAAGCGCAACUUGAUAAUCUUUUAAUGAUACCAUUUUCCAACUUUCAGACUUUUUCAGAUUAUUCCUUUAAAUUCUUACAGUAAAUGAGAAUGACGUUUCCUUAUUAUAUAUGCUUAUACUAGAAAUCAAAGCGAAGUCGCUCAUCUGGAGCUAAGGACGAGUUUUCAACAUUAACGGAUUAUCGAUCUUGCUCCCGAACCCUUACCGAGAAAAUAAGGGAUCACUUCUCAGAGGUGAGCAAAUAUAUGAGUCUCAUUUCAUAUUACUUGACUUACCACUAAAUAGUCGCCGAGUCCAUCAGAUCACGUGGAAGAUGUGAGGUGGUUAUUAUUAAAGGUGUUGUCCACCAUAAGUUUAUAAUAAUAACAAUAAUAACAAUUUUAUAUACCGCAGAAAUUGCCUCUAAGCAGUUAAGAGAGAGGAAAAUGAAGUAUAAAGGAAAUAAAAAUACUUUGCACAACAAAAUGUAUCAAAACUAAUAUUACAAUUUACGACCUUAUUCAAAUGAAUCAACUAUGGGCCAAAGCAUGUCAAUGACAUUCUCAUCUAUGAAUGAGCCUACACCAGUGGUACAUUGUACUAACAAAUAUGGUGAAUAAUUUGAACUAAUUCAUUUCCCCCGGAAAAAAAUAUAUAUAGAUAUUUGUGUGUGUGUGUGAGCGGGUGUGCGUGUGAAGGUGCGUGGGUGUCUUUCUGCAUGCAAUUACUUGUUUUUCACACUUUGUUUCAUCUUCACCGGCAACUUGGCGCAAAUUAAAUUUACGACCUUUAGGACAUUAUCUCGUAGUCAGUCAUGCCUGCAAAGAUCCCUAUGAGAAUGGUACUAAAUAUACAGAGGAUAACUCUAUACCAGGACAUAUCAAUCAAUCAAUGAUUAAAUGUUCAUACUCCAUACGACUUCAAGUUAUUGGACAUUUUUUUCUGACUCGUACCCAACUGCCGAUUGUACCUGAUCCAGUUGAAUAACUGCCAUAUGAUUUCAUGAUUUUCUUUAUUGGAUAUCAGGUGGUUGAAAAGAUGGUUGAACUCCUGGGCCAAUGGGAUAACCAAAUUGAAACAGAAAUUUGGGCAUCGUAUGAAGCCUUAUUCUUCUCCUCAACGCUAUCAGAUAUUUUAAAGGUUUAUGUGCUUGCAUAUGAUGCUGAAGCGAAGCUACUUCAGAUGCUCCUCCCUACGGCCGAUCCAAGAAACAUGAAUUUGAGUGGUGAAAGGGUCAUUGAUAUCCUUCAGUCUGGAAUUCAAGAAGUUGAUCCAAUAUCAUUUGUAGAAGAACAUUAUGGAACAUCUACCGGAGGUACCAGCUCAAUAUCAACGCAAGGCUCCAACCAAGCAGAAGGAGCUGCAGCUGAUACGCAUAAAGAUCAUGACCAAAGUGAGGUUAUCUGUGGUGAAGAUUUAGAGCAGAAUAGUGCAUCCUAUCGAUCCAUGUCUUCAAAUCUGUUUCAGGAGAUGGAAAACCUCUACCCAUUCCUGCAUGAUGUGGAUCUUGAAGCAACGGGUCAGGGCUAUAUCCCUGAUGAUCAACCUGUAAAAGAGUCUCAAUCUGGAAAACAGUGCAUCCCUUCUAGUCCCAAGCUUCAGAAGCUCGAAUAUGAAGGUGGGGUAAAGCUGCGCCACUCACGAGAUGAUCCCAGAAAAAGGAAGCGAAGAAGUGUACAAGUCAUUGUCACAGGCCAGUCUUCUCUUGUAAUCUCUACACCACAAUUCACAGAGAAGGCUGCUGGUGAAGAUUCCAUCAGGCCACUGUCUGUCCCAGCAUCUAUACACAUGUUUAACAGAGAAUCAACAACAUUGGAAGAUCUUGGUUGGGUCAGGAGCCAGAAGGUAAAAGAGGAUGCCAGCAGUGAAGAUGUAGGGGAACACAGCAAAAAAGCAUGCAGUAUUGCACAUGUGUCUGUGAUAGAAAAGCGUACGCAAACCGAUCCAACAUCUUCUGAUGAAGACGAUUCCGGUGUGUCAAGCAAAGACUUGGCAUCGAUAUCAAGGCAUGGAUUCAAUAGGCAGGAUUUCUACAGAGAGAUAAAGUCAGGGAAAGAUCUGUCAAAGUGGGGUAUAAGUGCAGAUAGUGUAGCGCAACAUCAAAUUAAAUGUGUAGAUACUGUAUCACAUAUAUCUGUGACAUCCAAUCUGGUCGAGGAGAUGGAAGACUUGUACCCUUUCUUGCGUGAUGUGACACAUUUAUCGGCACAUCUCGACAAUCUCUCUGCCAUCAUGACAAACUCUCAAAACGUUCGUUCUGAAGGACAGGGCACCCUUCCUCGUCCUGGACAAGAGAGGUAUAGCACAAACAGUUUGCUGGAAGGACCCUUUAGUUUUGAAGAGAUGUUCAGCCAGCCGUACUGUUGUCUAAGGAUGGUGUUAGAAGAAAGGUUUCCUUUGGCAAAGCUUCGCUGGUUGGUCAGGUGUCUUCAGGCUCUGACUGAGUCGGUCAAAGAACAGGUCUCACGUAAGUGCCUCAAGUUAUUCACUAAAAUUAUAACUAUAUUGUAUUAUGAUUAUUUUCCACUUUCACCAACUUGAUGUACAGUCGGUAAUUCAAACAGUAACAAAAUUUCUUCAAGCAAUCUAGCUGUUCUCUGAUUAUUGAAGAAGUCCUCUUUUCAUUGCUCGCUUUUCUUUCUAGUUCAAGACUCUGCCUUCUAUAUAUUACUAAGCACACUCUAAUUCAUGCACCAGUCAAGACGAUUUGGUGUCUGGUUUUGGUAACCAUUAUUCCUGAUACUUUCUUUAUGAUCAACAGGUAUAAUGCGUGUCGAUGAUUACCAAGUAGGUGGAGAUGAUCUGGUACCAUGCCUCAUAUUUUUUCUCAUUAAGGGAGAUCCAGGACAGGUUACAGCCUUAUACCCACAGCUCAAGUUCCUUGAAGACUAUCUCCCGGAUGCUGUAGCAGGUGGCAUCAUCGGUUUCACCCUGACUCAAUUCCUCGUAGCAUUUUCUACUAUUAUUCAGAUGGAUGGCGCCGAUACAAGUACAUAGGCAAUAUGUCUUUGUAAUCAUAGAAAUCAUUUGGUUUUCUAACUAUGUAGGUGCCGUUGAAACUGUCUAUUAAGAACGCCAAAGAUUUCAAUUUGCCUUUACGUUAUGGCAGGUGGUAAUUAGAGACAGGUUUUUGAAAACUUGCUCAAAAUAUACAUGUAUCACAUAUUCAAGGAGAAUAGUAAAUAUCAUCUCUGUGGAUAAGUGGUCCUUACUAUUAAAGAGGUCACUUUUAAGGUCUAUAAACGUUUGGUCAAAGUUAACCUUGGGUAAACUUAUCAAUGCAAGUUUACCUAGGGGUAACUCAACCAAUGCAAGUUAACCUUGAGUUAACUUAACCUGAACUUGACCAGUACAAGUACAUCUAGGAUUUACUAAACCAAUGCAAUUUGAGCACAUGUAAAUAAUGCAUUUGAAAGUGAGAAAACCACUUGGUGUGUCAUAGUUCAGUCUUUACUUGCAGUUUUAUGAAACAUCACCUUGGUUUAUGGCCUGCAUUAUUUCAUUAUAUGGACAAACUCUCCGCAAUUUAAUUAAUGGAGGCAAUGAAAUAUGCUAUUUUCACAUUGUUUUUAUCAAGGAUUUUAUGUUAUACACAAGACUGUGAGUGACAAGAGCUCAAAUAAGUGUUUGAUAAAGCUGAAAUUGAAAGAUCUCCCAUUCUUUUUUACAGAUGAAAAAAUGAGCUGAAAAUCAAAAUCAAAAUUAGCUGAAAUCAGCUGUACAUUUGAGUAUAAAAUAUGAGUAUAAUUUCAAAACAAACCGUAGUCAGAGAUAAUCUAUUGCACUUAUAUUUUACAUACUGUGUAAUAAGAUACUAAGUGAUUGAAAACUACACCUUUGUUUGCUUCAUGCUAGGAAAAAAACUCAUGACAUCAUUUUUUUUAUGCCAUAAAUAUUUUUUUCACGAGUUUGGACAAAGAAAAAUACAAAAAGUUUUAACAAAUAACAUUUUCCAGAGUUUUGCAGUAAAAAAAAAGAAAUGUCUCUUGCCUGUUCAAUAUUCAUUGAAUUCUAUUUUAUUUUACACAGAAAU